AUGUUGGUACCGGAGGCGCAGACUCGGGCGCGGAAUGGGAGAGGCAUCCUGGUCGCUGCGGUUGUCGCCAUCGCAGCAUUCUCCCUGAGCUAUGUGCGCCCGAGCUUCGUUCCGCCCCCGGCAGCUCAGAAUGCGAAGAUGGCCAAGGAAGAGCUGGCCCCGUGGGAUGGGCUUCAGGACUGCCUGGAGGACGGGGUGGAUGGUGCCCUGACAGCUGUGGAAGACUUUUUCAGCUCAGCAGAUGAGCUCGUGGGCCCCUCUCUGAAUCCACAGCUCCUUCCGGCCGCUGGUGCGCCCGCUCCAAAGAAGGACGGCCUACAGCAGGUGAUCGAGCCCCUGACGAAGCUUUACAUGCGCUACAGGACCGCCAUCUAUCCUCGUUGCAAGGAGUGCAAGAUCAUCGUCCGCUUCGGAAAGCUUUGGCGAACCUGCCGCAUCCGCCGGCACAAGCAACGGCAGCCCGGCAUCACAACGUUCAAGAAGCGGAUGAACAAGUACCAGGGGUGGAAGCAGUCGUCCCCGGGGCGCUGA